AUGCCGGGGAGCCAGAAUGGGGUCCCGAGGCAGCGGCCGGCCAAGAUCGAGACCAUCCACGGCGUCGCGCGCGCCGGCGACCUCUCCGGCGUCCAGAGGAUGCUGCGGGAGAACCCUGCCCUCCUCAACGAUAAGAAUCCCGUAAUGUGUCAAACACCACUUCAUGUUGCUGCUGGCUACAACAAUACAGAAAUAGUCAAGUUCUUGCUUAACUGGCAAGGUACUGAAAUGGUUGAUCUGGAGGCAAAGAACAUGUAUGGUGAGACUCCUCUGCAUAUGGCAGUGAAAAAUAGUUGUUGUGAGUCAACAAAUCUACUUCUUGAACGUGGUGCACACAUAGAAGCCAAAGCCAACAACGGCAUGACACCAUUGCAUUUGGCUGUCUGGCACGCACUUCAAGCUGGAGAUUGCAGCACCGUCAGCGUGUUGCUCAGCUACAAUGCGGAUUGCUUUGCAAAAGAUGAUGAAGGCAAAAUGCCCUUAAAUCAUAUUCCAGGAGGAGAGGGUAGUGAGAAGUUGCUGAAGCUCCUCAGUCGUCAUAUGGAGGAGCAAAGAAAACGGAAAGCCCUCAUUUCAUGCCGCGAAGGGAAAGCAAUGUCAGAGUUUGAAGAGGCGAUAUCACAAAUUGUUGGACUGCAAGAGCUAAAAAUGCAAUUACGUCGAUGGGCAAGGGGAAUGCUUUUUGAUGAGAAGCGACGGGCUAUGGGCUUAGGGAUUGCUAGCAGAAGAGCUCCUCAUAUGGCAUUUCUUGGCAAUCCAGGAACUGGUAAAACUAUGGUUGCUCGAAUUCUUGGAAAGCUGCUUCAUAUGGUUGGAGUUCUCCCCACCGACAAAGUUACCGAAGUUCAGCGAACUGAUCUUGUUGGAGAAUUUGUGGGGCAUACUGGACCAAAGACUAGGAGGAAGUUACAGGAUGCUGAGGGAGGUAUUCUUUUCGUGGAUGAAGCUUACAGGUUGAUACCAAUGCAAAAAUCUGAUGACAAGGAUUAUGGUUUAGAAGCCUUGGAGGAGAUAAUGUCUGUAAUGGACAGUGGCAAGAUAGUUGUCAUAUUUGCUGGGUACUGUGAGCCAAUGAAGCGUGUCAUCGCCUCGAAUGAUGGCUUCUGUAGGAGAGUCACGAAAUUCUUCUAUUUCGAUGAUUUCAGCACGACAGAACUAGCAGAGAUCCUACAUAUGAAGAUGAAGAACCCCACUGAGAGCAGCUUACUUUAUGGGUUCAAGCUGCACCCAAGCUGCAGCAUUGAGGUCAUUGGAGAGCUGAUUGGCAGAGAGACCACCGAAGAGCGGCGGAAACAGAUGAAUGGAGGCCUUGUAGACACGCUGCUCAUCAAUGCCCGUGAGAACCUGGACCUACGCCUUGAUUUCAACUGCAUCGAUGCUGAUACAAUGAUCACAAUCACGUUGGAAGACCUGGAAGCAGGGCUUCAGCAGAUCUCCAGACAACAGCAGUUGCAGUGACUUGCAAAUUCGAUAUGUUUCUAUUGAAGAUCUCAGGCUAGUAUCCAAAAGAUUAUGUUAUUGUCUCCAAAAUUCUUCAACAUUUUUGGCUAUUCUUUCUGUUGUAUCUAUAAUCUAUUCAUUGCUAGAUUGGUGGCCUCCAGUAGCUGUGUAGCACUAAAUGCAUGUAGUUCUCUUAGUUCCUAUAUUAUUUCCUAGUGAGGAUAACCUGUGUAUAUACAUUCGUUGCCAAAUUGUUGCCUGUCUAGAGAAAAGUAAGACAAAACAUUUCUUCAGUA